AUGGUAGCUAGACACCGAAUGGGUGCUAAGGCUGAACGUUUAUUUUUCAUUAUUGUUUUACUCAAUUCACGCAAUGCUUUCACCUGUCACGAUACAGAUUAUGCUGGAUACACCGAUGAACCGCAAGUGGAUGCCAAAGGCAGAUCGGUCGACGUGGACUCCGCUGGAGACUCUGGCCAA